UUCUUAGUCAAAAUUGCAACGCCAACGCUUUCCUUUUAGCUCUCUUCUCUGUUUCUCUAGCUGCCGGAUUUCUUUGAAGCACAAAACUAGGGUUCCUCCAUUCUCUUUAUUACCUAUUCUUCCGAUUUCUUUCUCCAAUUACUGUCGGUGGUCAAAUUUCCUUGAAAGUUUUCUUAUUUUCCCCAGAAACUUGAUUCCUCAGACUUUUUUCUAGGAUAAGUGCUUGUCGAAUGCUGAGUUUUGAGCAGAGAGCACGAUAAUGGAAGCUGGCAGAGUGGUGGUGGAGCAUACAGGAAAAAACGAUGUCGUACUCCAGAUUUCGACGAACCAGGAAGCUUACUUUGCUUCUCAGGGAAACAAAGAUGCUAAAGCUUACACUGUAUCAGAAAACUCCCAGUUGGGUUCUUCUCCAGAACAUGGAAACCUUGAGUUGAUGGAGGAUCCAAGGUUGAGGAUCAAGACAUCCACGUUUGUAACUUCUCCUUCUUCUUCAGACAUAGCAAGGCAAAGUCCAGUUCUCACACCAACUAUAUCCAAGCCGCCAAAAAUCCCAACCACCGACUCCAUUACACGGAGAAAAUCGUUUGCGCGUUCUGAGUUUUCGAAGCCGAAAUCAAGAUUGGUGGAGCCAUCGUAUCCAAAUGAUGCAAACUUAAAAGAAGAAAAGGCGCGGUUGGGGAAUUCAAGCUCGCCUUGUAGUAAAUCACCUUGUCCAACUUCACCAAGCAACGGAAUAAGUAUAUCCACGCAGAAAGAUAACUUGAAAUCGGCUCCAAUUACCCCGAGAACGCCAUUAAUUGGAACCCCAGGACCAGAGGAUGACGAUGAUGAGGAGGUAUAUAAGACAGCAAGUCUUAAAGUGAGCAAGAGAAUGGGUAACAAACGGAAUAUAUUAAUCUUAUUUGAGCUUACUGCAUUUAUUUGCUUUUUGAGUUUGCUAAUUGCGAGUUUGACCAUUGAUAGACUGCAAAAUUCUACGAUUUGGGGGGUAGAGUUAUGGAAAUGGUGUGUUCUGAUAUUAGUUAUCUUCUGUGGUGGAUUAGUUACUGAGUGGUCUAUAAAUAUUUUGGUUUUCUUGAUUGAAAGAAACUUCUUGCUAAAGAAAAAGGUGCUUUAUUUUGUAUAUGGGUUGAAGAAGAGUGUUAAGGCUGUUCUUUGGUUGAGCUUGGUGCUUCUGGCUUGGGGCUUGCUGUUUAAUCGUGGAGUUAAGCGAUCCAGGCACGCUAAAAAGGUUCUAAAUUACAUUACAAGAGCUCUUGCUUCUUGUCUUAUUGGGGCUGCUAUAUGGUUGCUCAAAACUUUCUUAGUUAAAUUACUAGCAUCUUCUUUUCAUGUCACUAGAUUCUUUGAUAGAAUUCAAGAAUCAAUCUUUCAUCAGUAUGUUCUUAGAACUCUUUCGGGGCCUCCUGUGAUGGAGAUAGCUGAAAAAGUUGGAAGCAGCAAUACAAUGCCAGGCCAGUUGAGUUUUAAUAAUUUGAAGAAGCAAAAUGAUGAGAAAAAAGAAGAGGUGAUUGAUGUUGAUAAGCUUAAGAAGAUGAAGAAUGGGAAGGUUUCUGCUUGGACCAUGAAAGGAUUGGUUAAUGUUAUUACAGGUACAGGGUUGUCUACUCUAUCAAACACACUCGAUCAGAGUGAUGAGGAGGAGGGUGAGCAGGACAAAGAGAUUACAAGUGAGUGGGAAGCAAAAGCUGCUGCUUAUAAGAUUUUCAGGAAUGUCGCAAAGCCUGGAAGCAAGUACAUUGAUGAAGAAGACCUCUUGCGUUUCAUGAAAAAGGAGGAGGUGGACGAUGUGAUUCUACUGUUUGAAGGAGCGGCAGAAACUGGAAAGAUUAAGAGAUCAGCACUGAAAAAUUGGCUGGUGAAUGUUUACAACGAGCGAAAAUCACUGGCACAUUCCUUAAAUGACACGAAAACAGCAAUCGAAGAACUGAACAAGCUUCUUUCAGGAAUUGUGUUUCUUGUGUUCUUGAUUGUGUGGUUACUUAUGAUGGGGUUUUUAACAACCAAAGUUCUUGUCUUCAUUUCAUCUCAACUUUUGCUUGUGGUAUUCAUGUUUGGUAACACAGCCAAGACAGCAUUUGAAGCCAUUAUUUUUGUGUUUGUGAUGCAUCCAUUUGAUGUUGGCGAUCGCUGCGUCAUUGAUGGGGUACAGAUGGUUGUUGAAGAGAUGAAUAUUUUGACAACAGUAUUUUUGAGAUAUGACAAUGAGAAAAUAUUCUACCCAAAUUCAGUUCUAGCUACCAAACCAAUCAGUAACUUUUACAGGAGUCCUGAAAUGGGUGAUGCUGUAGAAUUUGCUGUUGAUGUUUCAACUUCAAUUGAGACUAUUGGAAUUCUGAAAUCUAAGAUAAAAGCGUACUUGGAGAGUAAGCCUCAGCACUGGCGUCCUGGCCACAGUGUACAGGUUAAAGAGAUUGAAAAUGUGAACAAGAUGAAAAUGGCUCUCUAUGUUACUCACACUAUAAACUUCCAGAAUUCUGGAGAAAAGGGCAACAGAAGAUCUGAUCUAGUAUUAGAGAUGAAGAAGAUUUUUGAAGAGCUUGGUAUGAAAUAUCAUCUUCUUCCUCAAGAAGUUAAUAUUAGCUACGUUGGCUCAGCAGCCAUGGCAGUCCCACCUCUCACUCGAUGACAGUUCUUCUUUUCUUGCAAUUGUUUGUUUCGUUUGCAUGUGUAAUCAUUUAUUCUUUGAAGUUGUAUCAUUAUUACAUGUAUCAUCCUUGCAAGCUGGGCUUUAAAUUUCUGAUAUGUAACACCCAGAAUAAUCUGGCUGGGAAAACCACAAGAUUCUGAACUUUGUUGUUGUCCUUUUUUAUCACUGGGAAUAAAGAAAUUGGUCUUAUUCCUUCAAAGCAAAGAAGUCAACAUAAAUAAUUUCUCUCU